GCAAGAACGAGUAGCUGAUUAAUCCACACGCAGGAGUCUGCUUUAGGAAGAUCAGGUUGCAAUACUGCCUUUGUAGCUUUACAACACACCCCUUCAACGUGAAUUAGUAGGGGCGGAUCAUACUCAGCACUGAUUCAGGAAUUCUUUCUUUCUUCAAGAACUGUUGCUAGGAGUUUGGAAAGAUGGAAGGAAGAAAGAAGGGAUGUUCCUUACCUUUAACCUUUAUCUUGCUGUUCGUCUGUAUCACUGGGAAUGCAACUACUGACUUAGAUGAUGGUGAAGAAGAGGAUGUUCCGGGUGCUGCUUUGCCACCACUGAAACUAGGGCAUUCAGUCUGUGCCAUGAAAGCAGAUGAAGGUCCAUGCAAAGCAAUCCUCAUGCGCUAUUACUUCAAUAUUCAAAGCCGUGAGUGUGAAAUAUUUGAAUAUGGCGGAUGCCAUGGCAAUGGGAACAACUUUCUAACGCUGGAAGAAUGUCAAAAGACGUGUGCGGUAACAGAAUUGCCUCAGAAGAUGAUGUUAGCAAAAAUUAAGAAAGCAUUGUUCGUAGAAAAGCCCAGCUUCUGCUUUCAUGAGAAAGACCCUGGAAUCUGCCGAGGCUAUUUUUCCAGGUAUUUCUAUAAUAAAGAGACAAAGAUAUGUGAAGUAUUCAAGUAUGGUGGGUGCCUAGGAAACCAGAACAACUUCAAGAAUUUGGAAGAAUGCCAGACUACCUGCCAAGGCAACUCAAAUUUAUUGCCAACUGUUGCAGCUGAAGAGCAUCCUAACACAGGGAAUAGUAGUUUCCCAGAGGAAGAACCCAACCAGUUUCCUGGGAUUUUUGUCAAUUUAUUGUCAACUGCUCCAAAUGAGAAGUCCAACACUCUGAACGGUAGUUCCACAAGGGUGGAGCGCAACAAGUUUCCCAUUUUUUUUGAACCACCCCCUAUCCCUUCAUUGUGCAUGACCCCUAUGGACAGAGGACUUUGUAGAGCCAAGGAGUUAAGAUUUUUCUACAACUACUCAACUGGAAGAUGUCAUCCAUUUAGCUACAGUGGUUGUGGUGGGAAUGAAAAUAAUUUCACCUCCAGAAAGUCAUGUUUGAGGAUCUGCAAGAAAGGAUUCAAUAAAAAAAAAGGUGAAAGAAGGUUGAUAAAAAUCAAGAAGAAAAGAAAGAAACAGUCAGUAAAGGCUCUGGGCGAGGAAAUCAUCCCUGAAAGAAUAUAACUUUGAUUUUUAUGGAAAUGUGAAGAAAACUACUAUUCACCAGUGAAUGAAAGCCUUUAGUGUACACCCUUUAAAUAUAUUUACCACACUGACUUUGAUUACGUAUUAUUAAGCUGCUUACAUUUUUAUUAUGUGUUCCUCAUUCAUGCUAAUAAACAUUACCUUUACUUU